ACUUCAAUAGCAAAUUUGGAGCAGGCAAUACACAGCUAAAAUUAGACGGUUAUUCCUCUGGGAAUAAGACCUAACUAAAGUUCCAGCUAAGGUCUUCUAAACAAGGAGGACUACCCUGUACGAGCCACAAAUGUUGGUAUUAUAGAGACUAGCACAUGCUCCUCAGUGCUCCAUUGCCGUCAUGCUGUACAACACGUUCUGAAACUCAGGAUAAGUGGCAGUUCUGUUAGUAACGCUGGGUUAAAGCUGUACAAACCCAUACCACUUGAUUCUAUUGGAUUCUAUCCUCUGACCGGUGCUGUUUACAGUCGACUCGAAGGGUGAAUAGCCGAGAAAAUGUCUUUUUUAACCAUACCAUCCCAGGAGGGUCUUUUCACCAAGGUGAAGAAAGAGGGGUCAUCCGGAGAAGGACGGUGUUAUGACGAAGGCCAGUGUAAUUCGGAUGAAGAAUACGAAGACAGCGAGGAGACAAACGUGCGUCUCAUCCCCAGGUGCUCUCCUAUCCCAAGGAAACGCGGACGGUCCAUCUAUGAUGAGACCGCAGAGUAUCUGAAAAUCAAAGAUGCAAUUCCCAGCAGGAGAGUGUCGUUUGCCGAUACAACAGGUAGAGACCUAACCGAUGUUAAGGAAUUCGUCCAAUUUGAUUCGGAUGAUGAGGAUGAUGCCAGGUGGGAAGAAGAGGAGACAAAAUACCGACCGAAAAUCCGUGAACCGACCUACCGCAUAAACCCGGAGUGGACCAUUCCCACUGCGGCUGCCCUGACGAAAGCAGUGCACAUUAAUAAAGUAGAGGUGGAGAGUGUGUCACCUAUUGAAGACGAGCCCUUGGCAUUUAUCGUGUUUAUCCGAGUGCUUAAUAUUUCAUUUAACAAAACUGUGUGCAUUCGAUCAACUAUGGACAGCUGGAGCACCUACUUUGAUUGUCCAGCAGAUUAUGUCCAGGGCGACGGUGAGACUGAUAAAUUUUCCUUCAAGCUCUCCUUCUGCCCACCGUAUCUUCACCAUGGGGCUCGCAUUGAGUUUGUUGUCCGUUACGAAACUUCAGAUGGUGAUUACUGGGCGAACAACUCGCAAUUGAAUUACGCGGUAACUCUUCUCGUGUCCUACGAAGACGAUGUAGCACAAGCUAGCCAUUUUGAUAUGCCAGACCUUACAAGUAUCCUGAAAACUGAAAGCAGUUACAGUAUGGAGGAUUCUGACUACUUUGCACAGUUCCCAGAGAAGGGUGAAGAUGAACCGGUGACUAAGCCAGUGCCAGACAUGUUGAAGCCCAGUCCUCAGUGUCCAGUCAUUCUUCAACCAGAGCUUGACAUAGAGACUACCGAUGACAUACCCAGUUCUCCUCUCCCAGCCAACCUAGACCUUCCAUUAGCAGAUGGAACACUGUCCAGUGCCACUGUAUCCCUGGGUAAACAAUCACCUCAUGUGUUUUCCACAUCCACAACACAAGCCAAUGAAGUACUAUCCAAACCUGUAGCAUCUGAAGCCAACCAACUGACAACUGAACCAGAGCCUUCACAGGAACUGGACUGUGAAUUACUAAAACUGGAUUGUGAAAUACCCAAACUGGACUCUGAAUUAGAAGAACAUGUUCCACCACCACUCCACAUCAGCAUUGCUGAAGCAUCAGAUGGCAAGAAGGAGGAAAAGGGAGGAACCUUCCAGGUGGAGCCCAAAGAUAGUAGUCACCCCACACCUAUGCAUGUUCCUCCACCUCUCCUCAGCAAUAUGGAUGAAGUCUUAGAUGGUGAGAAAGAGAAGGAGGAGGAUAGUAGUCCCUCUACACACCUGCACAUUCUAACACCACCUCAUGUCAGCAUUGCUGAAGCAUCAGAUGACAAGAAUGAGGAAAAGGGAAGAGGAACAUCCCAGGAAGAGCCCAAAGAUAGUAGUUCUUCCACACCUCGGAGCUCGUCUCCAACACCACUCCACAGCAGCAAAACUGAAGCCUCAGAUGUUGAUGAGGAGGAAAAAGAGGAGGAGGAGGAGGGAGGAGCCUUGACUCUGGAACACACAGAACCACACUCCGAACUUGACCCACCUCACACGGAGAUCCAAGCCAACAUGUCUUCUUCACUGGAAGAUGUUUUAUAUCAGAGUGUGCUUUCUGCAACACCAAAUGUAGUGGUGGGGAAGUUGGUGGAGGAGGAGGAGGAUGUUGAGGAGGUGGAGGAGGAGGGAGGAGCCUUCACUCUGGAACACACAGAACCACACUCCGAACUUGACCCACCUCACACGGAGAUCCAAGCCAACAUGUCUUCUUCACUGGAAGAUGUUUUAUAUCAGAGUGUGCUUUCUGCAACACCAAAUGUAGUGGUGGGGAAGUUGGUGGAGGAGGAGGAGGAUGUUGAGGAGGUGGAGAUCGAGGUGCCGGAGCAUGGGUCAAAGGUGGAGGAGGAUCCAAGGCAGGAAGCAGAGAAAGAUGGGAAGGAGGAAAACGAGAAGUCCUUCAGAAUUCAGGAGACAAGCACCAGCUCCUCAAGUCGCCUAGAACAUCCCUCAGAUUCCACCCACUGUAAGCUCAGCAGAGCUGAAGAGGGUAGCAAAUCCCAGAUAAAGGUUUUCUCUGAGGCCUCCCCAUCUCUCCCUGAAGAGUCUGAUGAUAUGCAGCUGACAUCAAUGGAUGACGGCAUGGCCAGAGAAGAUGGAGUCCUGAUGCUAGAGGCUGUUGGGCCCAAGCUAGAGAGCUUCCAGGCAGGUGGCGAAGUAGGUGUAGAUGUAGUAGCCAUCUGUCCGUGGCACCCUCCCAUGGUGACCGUGACACACCUUGGGCCCACAGGAGAGGAUAGAAUGACCCAGAGUCUGGCCAGCCACACUGCUGAGCUGCCCAAUGACAUCUCACAGACAUCCCACCCUGUGUCUCACCAGCGCUUCAAGCGAGGGGUGGCAGCCGGCCUGAGCGAGCUGGCAGCUGUGCUCUCUGAGGACUCAGGCAACUCUAAGCAGCAGGAUGAAAUCACUGCUAGGGAACACACCACUCCUGGGUUGGAGAGCCAGACACCUCUGGGAGUUCAGUGCAAAACCGUAUCAUUUGCAGUCACAGAGAACAUCUCAGAGUCAUCCAUGACCAUGACCCAAGAUGGUACUAGCAGUUCAAAUGAGGAAGACGCUACUUCGGCUGACGAAGAGGAGGAGACUUUCCAGGUUUCCUCAGAAACAGGUCUAUCAAGCAGAUCAUCAGAGGCUCAGAUCACCAAGCCCCUAAGCCCCCAGGCUGAACCGACCCUGGACAGGACACUGAUCCCAUCCAUCAUAUUCCUGAGUGUGGCCAUUGGUCUCGUCGUCGGGCUUCAUGAACCCAGCACCUUCCUCUUCAUGGGACUAUUCCUUGUCUCCCUCUGUUUCUGAGGUGUUUUGAGGGGUUCCUACUUUAAAAACGUGUGAAGUGACUUAACCCCUUUUUAAGUGCCUUUUCAUGUUACCAAACAAUGUUGUAUUAUGUGCACAAUUGGUUCCUGGUGUUUUAUUUUAAAUGUGUGCCUGUGGAAGUGUGUAUAUUUUUGUUUGUUUACAAAAAAGAGAAGGGAUCUUGUUCGUUAAAAGUAGCGAGAAGUUAAUUGGAUUUCCAGUGUUCCAUGCCAAGAGUUAGUCAAAAAACUGUUUGAGUUCGUUAAAACAUAGCCAUGCAAAACUAAGGCCUAAUUUUGUUCUUAAAGGGUUUGAGUAUGAUUUUGUGUAUAAAACAUGGAAAUCCAAAGAAUUGUUGAGAAGUGUGACUGUCGGCUGUUUGGAAUCGGAAUGUAUGUAUGUUCUAGAUUGGGCUGGGAGACUGAAACUGGUGAAGCAGUAGAUUGUAAGGUAAACACAGGUUCCUUGGGUAAGGACAGUAGCUACAAGAUAAAGUAUGUUCAUAUGACUGCCUAAUGCAAAAUGUUGUCAUUUGUGCUCUGAGAAUUGCCAGUCCUCACAUUUUAGAAUAGUGGUGUGCUGUGGUAAUCCUUUUACAGUAGUCUACUGUUGCUGCUAUCAGAUGGUAGUUCAUGCAAGUUAAAACCUACACAGUUUCACAAUUUAUCUAGCCACAAAUCUAGAUAGACAGAAAUUAGACUGAGUUUUAACAACUCUUCACUGUGAUGAUACCUGAAAGGAUGUUUGAAGUGAUUUAUGUGUUUGCGGUGUGUGUAUGUCUGGGUAUGGUGCGUUAUGGUUCCCAUAAAAUCAGAUGAAUAAACUAUGUGCUGGUCUUUAUUUCUA